AUGCGAAUCGUUGUGGCUUUCGUCUUUUUCGUCGGCAUUAGUUUGGCCGGAUCAUUCAGAAGCGAAGCGCAAAACAGCUAUGGAGACGAGUUGAGUCCAGUCUCCCCACAACCAUCAGGAGGAGGCCACGAUUGCCCGGCACCAGAGUAUGAGACAGGUUCUGCGUAUCAGACUGCCCCAAUCGAGAAUCGAGUCGAGCCUUCUGGUUAUCGAGUCCGACGAGACACCCUC